AUGGAAGAGAGUUUAAACAUAGCAAGUGAUGGGGAGAAUGAUGAGGUUAUUUCAGCAACUUGGUCUAGCCUUAGGGCAUGGGAUAUUGACCAUCUUCUUCUUUCAAGCAAAGUGUUGAAGGUUGUUGAAGAGAAUGAAGAAAAUUUAAACACAGGUGGUAAGAACAACAACGAUGGUGAAGAGAGUUUUUCUUUUGAGGCACGUGUUGAUGCGUCUCUCUUUUCCCGCCAAGGGUCAUUUGUUGGCUUAGAGAAGGAAGAAAAUAUAAAGAAAUUUGAGUCACAUGUUGAAGAGGCGUUUCUUUCUCGCCAAGAGUCUAUCUCCACCAAAGAAAAGGAACAAUAUUUCGAUAAUUUAAUAAUUCUUUCUGAUAAUUCAGUAAGGAAAAAAACGAGGUCAAAGAAAGGAAAUACUCUGACAGUUGAUUCUUGCUUUUGGGCACAUGUUGAAGAGGCUCGCAAUGCAUGCAAAGAGUUGAAUGUUGCUGAAGAGAAUGAUAAGACAAUGAAGAACUUGGCUAAGUUUGAGGAGUAUGGGCUGCUAGAGAAUUACCUAGUGUCCCCAGAUAUUUUCUUGCCACAAUGCAGUUAUAUGUGUUGGUGGAAUGAGUAUAAAGCUAUCAGGGGAACUUCAUAUAAUUCAAAACUUGCACGUUUCAUGAUCGAUGAUGGAAACCAUAAGCAGGAGAAGAAUUUCUAUCACUUUGAGUUUUUGUGCUCCAAGAAAGCUCCACAUUUCUCUGUUAACAUCACUGCAAUUUCACUCUUGUAUGAAAGUUAUGAGAAGCUUGAUUAG